AUGCCUCCCAAAGCCGCUGAGAAGAAGCCCAGCACCGGUGGCAAGGCCCCGGCAGGCGGCAAGGCUCCCGCUGAGAAGAAGGAAGCCGGCAAGAAGACUGCUGCCGCUGCCUCCGGCGACAAGAAGAAGCGUGGAAAGACCAGGAAGGAGACCUACUCGUCUUACAUCUACAAGGUCUUGAAGCAGGUCCACCCUGAUACCGGUAUCUCGACUCGUGCUAUGUCCAUCCUGAACUCCUUUGUCAAUGAUAUCUUCGAGCGUGUCGCGACCGAGGCCUCGAAACUUGCCGCUUACAACAAGAAGUCCACCAUCUCUUCACGGGAGAUCCAGACCUCUGUGAGGCUCAUCCUUCCCGGUGAAUUGGCGAAGCACGCGGUGUCGGAAGGCACCAAGGCUGUCACGAAGUACUCGUCUGCCAAAUAA